AUGGAUUUGAAUUCAAGCCCACUACCUUUUUGGAUUAAAAACAAGAAACAACAGACCUUGGUAUUUGACUUCAGCAAUGUUUACAGUGAAAAUUGCAUGGAUGCUGCUACCGACGAGGAAGGAAAUUCAGACAUCAUAUUAAGAAGACGGAAAAGCUACUUUAAUGUUAUUUUCUCAAGUUUCAAGACGUCAAGUGAAGCUACUAAGCUUCAAAAGGAAUGUUUAGAUAGGAUGGAUGAAAGGAAAAUUCUUCAGAGGGUUUUAAAAAGUUUUUCUCGCUACUCGUUUGAUAAUUUUUUGAGGAAAGAUUAUCAAGACAGCUUUAUGGAAGAAAUGCACGAUUUCCCUCUUAGAAUGGAACAAUGA